AGAAAGUUUUCUGCUUACGAUCACAUCACAGGCGUAAGGUGGAAGCCACUUCGUCUGUGAGAAAAAAGAAAUUUUCUUUCCAAAAAUCAUUGCAAUUAAAGUUUCAUAGCAAAUUUCUUAAAUUUAUGUACAAGUGAAUAUUAAGGCAGUGGAGAUAACUUCCUUGCCGAUGAAAGUAACAUGCCUUUGAACGGAAAAGCUAAUCCAGUCGCGAAGCCUUCAUGGUUAAAAGACACGUCAUCAGCGACUACAACAACAACCACCCCCGCUACAAGGCCAUGGGCUCGUAAAACACCCACCGAUGCGAAAGUGGACGACACAAAGUCAACCACUGCCACGAAGAAAGAAGAACCUCCAAAGAAAGAAGUCACAUCCAGACUACAAUCUCGUGAAAUAAAAGUGCCACUUAAAGUUGAGAAGACGAUCCCAACUCAAUCAAUUUUGAAGAAGCCGGACGUGAAAAUUAAGCAAGAUCUUAAAGAAGAACAACAAACAAUUUCUCUUCGUGAUGCUAAAAAUGUUCCAAGCAAAUCUCCAAGUAAAACUCCAACUUCAGUUUCUUCUAAAACGUCAAAUUCAACACCAUCGAAGUCGUCAACACCUUCGAAAUCAACGAGCACAACGCCACGAACUACUCCUUCAAAGUCACCCAGUAAAACUCCCGAUUAUGACUCUGAUGAAGACGAAAGUUCAUAUGAAAGUGAAACUGAUUCAAGUGAAGAAACUGAUUCUGAUGAAGAUUCCAGUGAUGAUGAGAAACCUUCGUACAAACCACCUUCACCUGGUGUUGUAAAGAAACAAUUAGCAGCACCAGCAUUAAAAAAAGUUACAAAAACUCCUGAGAAAAAAGAACCCGAACGACCAUCAUCACCCGAUUACAGUUUUAAGAAGCCAGAAUUGAAGAAAGUUGUAACAAAACAAAAACCGGAACAAAAGGAACGAUCGCCAUCACCCGAACCAAAAUUUUUCAAGCAGAAAUUAAGAAAAGUUCCGUCAUCUUUAAAAACAAAGGAACCACCACCGCGAGAGAAGCUUCCGGCUGUGGAACUUAAGAGAACGCCACCUAAGCCAGAGAGCGAUUCUACAAGAAGAAUGUCCGAACAAUUCCCUCUGAAGCCUUCGAUAUUACGUGCUGAAAGUAGCAUGAAAAUUCCCUUGCCUCCACCUCCGCCGCCCCCACCUCCCCCACCGGGUUUGCGUCCACCGCCAGAUUUCGAAAAGAAGCCUUUAACACAAAAGCAUCGUGAAACAAUAGAAAAACUCAAAUCGAGACCACGUAGACGUCCCGACUGGAGCGAGAUGAUGAAAGAAGUCGAAGAAAUUCGAAAGGAUAAAAAAUUGAAACACGUAACAUGCAAUGACAGAUCAAGUCCCAUCAUAACAUGUAAAUCAUUGGCUAAGGUUCAAGGUCAAUACGUUUUUGAAACGGAGAAGAAGAACACGGCUUUAGAUAAGUUAUUGAAUGAGAUCCAGGGUGGCAUUAAAUUGAAGCCAACCAAAACCAAUGAUAGAAGCAGGCCAAUUCUUGAUGGUUUGCGAAAGUUCCGUCGACAAAUGACAAUUGAAGAGCAGAUCAUGAAAUCGGAAUCGAAAGCUGUACUUGCUGAAAGUUUGCCUUCACCCAUCAUAGAUGACGAAGAAGACGAACUUGACGAUAUCGACAAAGUAAGAGAUGAUUUACAAAGCACGAAACAAAUGUUGGCACUUGAACUGCGUAACAAAGAAGCUGUUGAACGAGAAAAUAAAUUAUUACUGGCAAAGGUUAAGAACUUAGAAGCUGAGCUUGAACGUGAAAGAUGGAAUCCGACUGGUGUCGUUGAAGAGAAGACGACUUCAACUGGAGGUGAUGACAAGCUGAUUAAGAAUUUAAGAAAGGAAGCCGAUGAAGCUCAAAAGCAAUCGAAACUUCUCGAGAAGAAGUUCCAAGAUGCAGCUGAGCUUUUAGAUAAAAAAGAUAAAGAAAUUGAAGAAGUUCGUCGACUACUUGCAACACUUGAGAAGAAAUAUCAGGGAAUUGGAGGUGAUGUUGAUUCUCGUCGUCAGAGCGUGGCAGCUCAACAGAAAGAAAGUUCACCGGAAAUGGAACUUGAAUUGUCAGAAGAGGAAGAAGACGAAACUGAAGAACAAAAAGCAGAACGUGCUGUUAGACGAUUGAAACGUGAGGUCGAUAUGUUGCGAGCUAAACUCGUCAAGCUUAAGGACAAGGAACAAGCUGCAAAGUCGGAACGAAAAGCUCUGCGUGACGCUGCUAAAAAGAAUCAACAACUGCUCAAAACUGAGAAGAAGAAUCUUAAAAAGUUACAGAAAGAAGUUGAGAAAAUGGCUAAAAUGAUGCAAGCAGUUGAGGAUGAGGACGAUGAAGAUGAAGACAAAGAAGAGGCUGAAGAAGAGGAAGAAGAGUCAGAAGAGGAAGAAGAAUCCGAAGAAAGUGAGUCUGAAGAUUCUGACAGUGACACGGAAAGUCAAUCAGAAGCUGAGGAUGCUGAUGACGAUAAGAAGAAGUCAAAUCUAGAACCAAGAGUGAAGCGCCAUGACGGACGUCUUGCAGCUCUCAAGAAAGGAAAUUAUAUGCUUGAAGCUAACGUCGAAAGACUUCAAGAUGAAAUCAAAGAUUGCAAAGAGAAAUGUGAAGCAUUACAAGCAGACUUGAAUUCUGUCAUUGAUUUGUGUUAAAAUUAUUAGGAAGCAUUUUCGGAUUUAAUAUUUUUCCUUUCUUUCUUUGAUAUUUUAAUUAUCGCACAGAAAUAGUUUAUGUGUUAUCGAAAUUAAAUACUUUAUCGGCAGUUUAUUAUUUUUAAACAAUAACUCAAUACUGAAAUCAAUUAAAUAAAGUUUUUAAAAUAAUUUCAUGAAUUUGUAAUUGAAUUCAGCGUUGUUUGAAUGUAAAUUCUUUAUGAUUUUUAUGAAACUUCAAUACAACGUCGAGCUUUAAUGAUGAUA